CUGGUCCAGCGUCUCUCUGAGCCACACAGCGAGCAAUCCCAGUGAAGUCAUGGGCCAUGGCGAGCGCGACUCCCAGUGAGAGUGUGGAUAGUGAGUUGUGCUGCUCUAUCUGCCUGGGCAAGUUCGUCUGCCCCUCCACACUGAGCUGCGGGCACUCGUUCUGCCUGCGGUGCCUGGAGGCCGCCUGGGAGACGGCGAGCAGCUUCAGCUGCCCGCAGUGCCAAGCGACCUUCCCUGUGCGACCCCAGCUGAGGAAGAACGUGGCCCUCGCCAACCUGGCAGAGCAGCUCAGAGUUGGAGACGGGAUGGCCGCGGCCGUCGUGUGUGACAUCUGCACUGACGGCCAGACUCCUGCAGUGAGGACCUGCGUGAAAUGCGAGAUGUCCUACUGUGCGAGGCACGCGAGGCCUCACUUGGAGAAUCUCAGGCUGAGUGACCACGUCCUAGUGGCUCCCAUCGCGAACCUGGAGGGACGACGGUGCCGGCAGCACAGACAGGAGCAGAUCAAGUUCUACUGUGAACAAGAUGAGAGCCUGGUCUGUACAGUCUGCACCAUCGCUGGGGAACAUAGAGGGCAUGAGGUCAUUCCAGUGGAAAAUGCACAACAGACAAAACAGGAGGCGUUCAGACUCGAGAAGACGGGGAAAGAGGAGAAGAAGACUACGGCAGAAUCACGGAAACAGCAGCUCAAGGGUGCCUACAAGCGCGUGCAGGAGUCUCUGCGUGGGACCAAGGCGCGGAUCAGCCGAGAGUUUGAGCGCCGGAGGGAGCAGCUGAGGGAGGAGGAGAGGGAGGCGCUGGAGCGCGUGGACGAGGAGGGCCGCUCCGUGCUGUCCCGCAUCCAGGCAGACAUCGCUCGCUAUGAGAGCAGAGUACGCGGCCUGGAGCAGGAGAUCAACCAGCUGCUCGCCGCCCUCACCGUGCAGGACCCGCUCUCCUUCCUGCAGGUAUUUGCUAAUUCCCUGAUGUCGCACUCCGCUGUAAAUAGAAGGCGACUGUGUGGAGAGGAGGAGUUGGAGACACUGCUGCCGAAACUGGACCGUGCCACUCAGAGAAGGAGCUCCGUCUCCCAGGAGACUCAGGAUGACCCAGACCCCGUCUCCCACGGUCUGAACCUCGCAAAGGUAAUCUCAGUGGGCGGCGUCCAAACCAAACUUCUGCCUUUUCUCGAUGGACGCUCACCGACUCUGGACACAAACUCAGCCGGUGACCGCCUCCAGAUUUCCACGGAUCUCAGGACGGCGACGCGGAGCGCUGUCUCCCAGGGUCGCCCCCAUCACCCACAUCGCUUUGAUGUCUGGGGCCAAGCCCUGUGCUCCGAGAGCUUCUCGUCGGGUCAGCACUACUGGGAGGUGGACAUGGGGAGCGCGGGGCUGUGUCGGGUUGGAGUCACGUACGGGACGAUCCCACGGAGAGGGAUCGCCCCCUACGCGAUUGAGGGCCGCCUGGGAGGGAGUGACGUAUCCUGGUGUCUAGAGAAACAUGGCAACAGCUUCUCAGUGCUGCAUGGCGGGGUAGAGACGUCACUGUCGGUGCCAGAGCCUCCACGGAGAGUCGGGGUCCACCUGGACUGGGACGCGGGGCUGCUGUCGUUUUACAGCGCCCACUCUAUGGCACCGUUGCACUCGUUUCACCAAACCUUCACUCAGCCCCUACAUCCUGGGCUAUGGGUGGGUGGGGGGUUGUUCGGGGGUAAAGUUCGUGACUCAGUGAGGAUUGUGGAUCUGAGUGGCGCGUCCUGAGAGAGGUUAACGUGAACAGCGCAGAGGGCAGACGCCAAGACACACGGCGCUCGCCACCCUCGUCACCGUCUCGCGCAGGGCCAAGCCCGUGGCUAGCUGGUGGCUGUCGGUGGCUAGGGCUAGGGGCUGCGUGGC